GCCCCGCUAAGGACUCAAGAAUAUACCGCACGCACACACCUUGCUUCCGACUACAACCAGCAUAAGUGCUAUCCUCCAGCAUGGCGACCUCCACCGAGCGACGCCGCGACGAGGUCGAGGAGGCGUACGAGGUCCAGGCGCGCGCCGGCAUCAGGGGCGGCAUACAAGCCUUUGCAAUGGGCGUAGGCGCGACGUUGAUCGCGCACUACCAAUGGCCGUGGUUCAAGCGGCAAACGCUGCAGUUCAAGGCCAUGAUAAUCUGCGCGACUACUGUGAGCGGUCUGACAAUCGCCGCGGAACACGCUCUCCUCGAGCACGAGAACAUGCGGCGCCGAGAAGAGGCUGCUAUGCGCCGGCAGGCGCGAUUAGAGCUCGCCAAACGAGGUCAAGUCGGGACGGAAAGCGAGAUUGCCAGUUGGCGACGAGAAAUGGCCAACCAGGAGAAGGAAUAGGUGGUCAUCCUUGUCAGCUUUGCUGCUUCACUUCGUCGUCACUGGGUACCUGUAUCUCAUCGUGCAUCAUCACAUCUCAUUCGCUACGCAUACCGCUACAGAAGCAUCGUCGCUGCGCACAGUAGCAACUCCGGAAGGGAUGAUUUAUUAUGGCCAUGGCCUGCUACAAUAUUUGGACAGGACUGAGGCGUGCAAUGCGGCGAUACAGGGGAUUUGGCUGGUUUGUGUGAGGAUGUGCAGAGUGAUGAGGAACAACAUGUAUGCUGGGUUU